AGUCGAUGAUGAUUAUAACUUGUAAAGCGGAGCUUGCGCCCUCUGGCCGGUUGUACUUGCACCGUUUGCACGUUUGCUGCCUCAAUCGUAGCUCUUCGGCUUUUCCUUUGAAUCUGUGCUUUGAAUAUCCUCCGAAGCAUCCAGCUGAUCCAACUGCGUGUGGGCCCAGAGACCGGUGGCAUUGAGCGUGGUUUUAAUUAGCGAACGGACUCGCCCGAUGACAGCAGUUCCUCGUGUGCGAUGUUCACGCGCUGUCGACUCCGACCCACACGGCUCCUGACAGCGACGGCAUGUGUGGGCGCUCUGCUGUGGCUCGUCGUACUGCUCGUGACGACGGAGCGAUGCCUGGUCCCAUCACGUGAAACUGAGAGGUACUGGAGAGAGCGUUGCGUGCACUUCAUUAGAGCAAAGCUAGGAACAUCCGGACCCAGCGGGGUCUGCUUGUCAGCCCUGCACAAGCUGGCAGACGGAGGCCAAACGCUGCCCACGAUCUACGCCAUAACCCCGACAUACAGCCGGCACGUCCAAGAGGCGGAGCUCACCAGGCUUUCCCACACCUUCCGCCUGGUCCCCCAGCUGCACUGGAUCGUCGUGGAAGACGGGAAAGAGCGGACAGAGCUCGUCGGCGACCUCCUGCGACGCAGCGGCGUCGCGCAUACGCACCUGCACGCGGCCACUCCCCCCGAGCAGGUGCUGGCUCCGGGGCAGCCCAGCUGGCUUCGCCCAAAGGGGGUGCUCCAGCGCAACCGGGCACUACAGUGGCUGAGGGACACCCUCCCGAGGGGGUCCCCAGGCGUCGUGUUCUUUGCAGACGACGACAACACCUACGACCUUCGCCUCUUCGAAGAGAUGCGUGACACCCGCACCGUCUCGGUCUGGCCCGUGGGUCUGGUCGGGGGCCUAGUUGUGGAGAAGCCGCUGGUGAGGGACGGACGGGUGGUCAGCUGGAACGCCGUCUGGAAGCCACACCGGCCCUUUCCGGUGGACAUGGCGGGCUUUGCGGUGUCCCUGAGGCUGCUUCUGGGGCGUCCCCAGGCCCAGUUCCGGCUGGGGCUGCCAAGGGGCAUGCAGGAGUCCCACCUGCUGGGACGCCUGGUGGCGGGAUUGCACGAGCUCGAGCCCAAGGCUCGCAACUGCUCGCAGGUCCUGGUUUGGCACACUCGGACCGAGGCACCCAAGCUCGACAUGGAGAAGAAGAAGGGGUCCAAGUCGCAAGCGGGGCCACGCCGCAAAAAAAAUUCAGUCGCCGACGAACUGAGAAACCCAUCGAAAAAGGGGUCGUUGUAGUCAUUGGGUGGCUGACAAACUCCGUGCAUGCAACCAACAAUGGCCCGUUGCGGGUUAAGAAAAGCGGAACAAACCUCUCCCAUAACGCUUCUUGGUCACCGUGAUUGGUUGUUUCCUCCUCUCCACUUUUCUUUGCAGCAUUCGCUCUGCUGAAGUGAAAACAGUGGAGGCUUUGUGGGAGGUGCCUGUCCUGGUUUUCUUGACCCGCAGCGGACCAUAGUAGUCGUCGCGGUCAGCGACCCCUGGUGGCUCUUGCAGUGCACAUGACCGACGAACGAGAGGACGCCCUAGUCGUCGUCGUCGUAAUCGACGGGAUCGAGCGGCUCCCGCGUCAGCAGCAGUCCGCGGUCGUACAGCAGGGAGGCCAGCUCCAUGCACUCGGUGGGGCCCUCCAGGGGCAGCUCUUGGAUGCGGAGGUAGCCCGGGUAGGCGUGGAGGAGGGCUUCCACCGCGGGGGCACGCUCCGCGUCCAGUUCGACCCACUGGGGGUCGCGUUCCUGGUACACGCGGCUGUUGUCCAACGAGUGGUAGAGGCGGACGCUGUCUUCUUCCACCACCAACCUGCAGGCAGAAGACUCUAUGAGCACGACACGUGUCACGAGCUGCGUCAUAACGUGUAUCAUGGACUCCAAAGAUAUAAAAAGACCAGCGCACACUAUUGUGAGGCUUGUUGGUGCCCCGGAACUGUUUGUGUGUGACAAAGGGUCUUCCCGCUUCUCAACCCAAAGUAGGUCUACGCUUCGUCUCACUUUAGGCCGGAGUGCUGUCGAAGACAAUAGUCACCCGACAAGGUGAGAGGGGCGGGGUGCCCCUUUUUGAAACCCAGCCUCCAACACGCACCGGUUGCCUCGCACCGUGCUUUGGCUGCUCGACACUCGUGAUAUGCCAAAGCUUUAUCGAAGGCAGGAAACUCGCGCUGGAGGCAAAACGAUUGACACUUCUCCCAUCGGCGACUACCGUAAUAUACUAAACAUCCUCCCAUUGCACAAUAAGCGCCCACCCCCCCCCCCCCCACCCCCCAAUUUGGUAACAUUUGGAAAAUACAUAAAGGACAUAUCUUUACAUAUUGUUGAUCUAAGGAGCACCCAUGCUCCAGUUUUUACAUGCUCCAAAUUUUGAGUGAGUGCAUUCUCUGGGUUUCGCGGUACAUAUAAAACACGGGUUCUCAAACCGGGUGUUCCCCCAGAGUGUCCUCUCGUGGGAUCGAGCUCCCAACUUUUCGCGGUUCAGAUCUUAGCAGGUCUGAAACGCCCCCUGAUGUACUACUUCCCUGGUAUGUGUGCUAUUGUUUACAAGGUUUGUAGGCUUCUGCACUGCCUUCUCCCGUCAAUGCCGACAUGGGGAAAGGCUUCUCGACUGCCAUUCUCAGCUGGGGGUUCGUUUUUAUUCAUUCUUCUCUCGGAGCCCAAAAAAACAUUAGAGAGGGAAGGCAUUACAAGGAGAAGGCGUAACUCCUUGCGACCAAAGAGUUUCAGAACCGAUGGACAAGAAGACAUGCAUGCAUACCCAUGGUCGCAGACCAUGGGUAUGCAUGUCUUCUAGUUUAUGGGUUCUGCAUCUGCAGUUAGUUGGAUAAGGAAGAAAAAAUAUACAGUAUUUACUCGCAUAAUAAAUGCAUCCCUCACAACAGCCAUCAAUAUUUGGAUUUUUUUUUCUCGUGCAAUGAACACAUUUUUAAUUUUUGGCUCCGCAAGUCUUGAACUGCACCCAACUUAUUAGCUAGCCGGCUAGCCCCCAAACCCGCCAAUUUUCUUUUGCCUCCAAGGGGCCAGGCCUGUCUCGUAAUAGCUGCAAUUGCACGGUUGCAGAAGUGAUCAGCCGUGAAACCGAGCAGCGUGCACGCCUAGCAAAGCUGCGGUCGGGGAAUUACCCAGCCCCGGACGUGUUUUAUCCAUCGGAUGCAUUGAUGACAACAAACACGCCGUCGUCUGUGAUUGUGAAAGUGGUUAGGCCCAAGAACAGCCGCGACGCUCUCUGUGCUGAGUCCGCACUCAGCACAGUGAGCGACGCGACCGUUCUUAGGGAGCUUUUUCUUCGGCAAAAGGCAUGCCAAAAGCGCUCUAAAAAAGGUUUGCAAUUUAUAAAGCACGAUUACUGUGGCGCGCCCACGACCAGCCAUGGGCACGCCUCAGUCAGUGGAGACGUGCCACAGUACCCUGUUAUGUCGUAUUGGCACCUGAAAUGACAUUUGCGCAAAGUGUGUAAAUGCAAAAAUUUUACCCAGCGCAUGGGUCAAUUUUUUGGGGAAAAAAAAGUAUUCAUUAUGCAAGUAAAUAUGGUGCAUCUAGAAAACUCGCAAACAGUGAUGUUGUGCUUCUCGUGCUGUUUAGUUGACUUAGUCCGCUUCUAGCGUCGAGUGUGCUCAGAGAUAUGGUGAAAUUCACUCGAGUCAUCCCUGCCGACAACUAUUUUUAUAAUAUUUUUAAUACAUAAAAAACUGACGAAAAGUGCCCCCCUCCUCCUGAAAAAGGAGAGACUGCAUGUUUUUUUUUACAUACUACACACAGGCACACCUAUGAUUUUGUUGUGCAAGACACAUCUCUCUGUCUUUUGCUUACUACUUAAUGGUAAAAUGUGACUGAUAAAAAUUGAAUGAAAAGAUGCUGUAUCCCCAAUGCAACACCGCCAAUUAAAGGCAUUAUUUAAAACCAGACCCACAAAAUAUUUUUUUUCUGCCAUGCAGAAAUUUGCUUUCUUGCCUUUUUUUCGCUUUUCUCAAGCAGGUGCUACGCAGCCUGUCGGUUAAUUCUUCCAAGUUCAACUGUAGUCUAACAUCGACCUCUACUACCCUACUUGAAUAUUCAGGCUGACAGCCCCAUGAACUUUUGCCCAUUCUUUUACGGUCAUCGGGCGUGUGAAGUCGUCCGUAUUUAAUGGUUGGCAUUUUCGACGCACAAUGUCGCGCAAGUUCUUCCGGCAGCGAGCCCCUCGCUCUGUGUGGUCGGUUCGUAUUAAGACGCAUUGAACGGAGAAUGUCUCGUGCGUGCGCUGUGUGUAUUCCGGCCACAAAAAAACAAACGCGAAAUUAUUUUGUACAUUGUGACAACGAAAAGUGGUGAGGAAAUGUCAUUAGUACUUUUCACUAAGUGAAUAAACCACAAAUGUGCAAGGCA